AUCUGCGUGGGGUGAGUACAAAAGCUGCCGUCGUCCUGACUUCUCCAAUUCAUCAUUCCAUCAGGCCAGUCCUUUCUUGCACAACACUCGUUCCGGUUUUUGCCAACUUCAUUCUUUACACUACAUUCAUUUCGUGAUCAGGCAUCACUAGCAUAUCUUUGCAUAUCAAGUCACUGUACAUAUCACACCGACGACACAACUUUGAAACUUCAAGAUGUUCACCAAGGCCGUUUUCACCAGCGCUCUCCUCUCCGCCGUCUCGGCUCACCAGAACCUUCACCAGCUCUGGGUCAACGAUGUUACCCCCGGUUACCAAGUUGGAAUCCGGAUGCCACCAUCCAACAGUCCCGUCACCGACGUAACCAGCGACGACAUUGUCUGCAACGUCGGCGGCUCCAAGGUCCCCUCCGGUGUCGAGACCGUUGCUGCCGCCGAGGGCGACACUAUCAAGGUCCAAUGGGACCAGUCCGGCCAUCCAGGUCCUAUCACCCAUAUGCUCUACGGACCCGUCGACGAUGCUGCCCAGGCUACCGGCAUCGGUGCUGGAUGGUUCAAGAUUGACGAGCUCAACCAAGUCGACGGCAAGUGGGCCAACGAGAUCAUGGAGAAGAACAACAUGACCCACGAGUUCGCUCUCCCCACUGGCCUUGCCAGCGGCGAGUACUUGCUCCGUUCGGAGAUGCUGGCACUUCACAGCGCCCAGACUGUUGGCGGUGCUCAGUUCUACAUUGGCUGCAUGCAGCUCAAGAUCACUGGUACCGGCAGCGAGGGUUCAUGCACACCCACCAUUGAGCUUCCCGGCGCCUACAAGGCUGAGGACAAGAACAUCUACAUCCCCGACAUCUACAACGGCUUCGACGCGACCACAUACAAGGCUCCUGGCGGUGCCGUUGCCUCCUGCGGUGGUGCCGGCGGUGCUAAGCCAUCCUCUCCUGCUGCCAACUCGACCGUCCCUACCUCUUCUCUCGCCGCUGCCUCAUCUGUCGUUGUUGCCGAGACCAGCGCCGCCGCUCUCCCUACCCUCGCUCCUGCCCGCCCCUCGAUGAACGCUACCAUCCCCAGCGCUGCCCCCGAGGCCCCUACCACCUUCGCUACUCUUGUUAAGCCUUCUGCCGGUAUUGCUGCUCCCACCGGUGCUGUUCCCUCUGGAACUGCUGGUGCUGCUAAGCUCUGGUACCAGUGCGGUGGCCAGGGAUGGACUGGCCCAACUACCUGCGAGGGCACUGCCAAGUGCGUCAAGCAGAACGACUUCUACUCCCAGUGCCUCAACUAAGGAGAGCUUCUGAGAUAAGAUGGCUGGGGAGAUUAAUCGGGGAGAGGGAGAUGAGCUGGAAACUUUGAUUGGAGAUAACUUCUUGAUGUUCAUGUAUAUACCUUGACUUUGCAAUUCUACUUCACAUUACUCAUUGUUCAAACCCUUUUCUGAAGCAUGCAUGACGUAAAUGCGCGUGGCAUGAACUUGCUGACGUGAAGCAAAGAUGGCGGGCUGAGACGCAGUCGUUGCACAAGAG